AUGUGUUCAAUAUGUUCUAAUUCCUAUUUAAAUGAAAUUUUGCAAAGAUAUUUAUAUUCACAUAGCUUUUCAUUAAACAACAAAAAAAUUGCAUUACUCUAUGUUUCUGGGCAAAAUACAUUUAAUGAAAAUAUUCUGAAACAAGGUCCUUUUGUGCAAGCUGCGGAAGAAUUUGGAGCAUCGAUGUUUGCAUUGGAGCAUCGGUUUUAUGGAAACUCAAAACCCCGUUCCAUGAAUUUGACUUCUAAAGACCUUCGUUACCUCAAAUCUUCUGAAGCAGUUCAAGAUAUUAUCUCAUUUAUAAACUAUUCAAAUAAAAAAUUUAAUAUGAAUCCAGGAGUGAAACGGCAGCAGUUGGCAGCAGACGCAAGGACAGAAGACCCUGUCAGAAUUGCUGGUGUUGUUGCAAUAAGUGCGCCAGUUCAACGGCGACAUGAUUUUUGGGAAUACAAUGAACAAGUUGAAAAUUCAAUUCUCAAGUUCGGCGGUCAAGAGUGUUUUCAAAAAAUUAAAACGGGUUUCAAUUAUCUUCGAGCAGCUAUGAAUACAAUUCAAGGCCGUAAAGAACUCUCUGAUCAAUUUAAAUUAGAGCCUCGUCUCAAUACUCAAAAUCCUAACUCCAACGAGAUUCAAUUGUUCUAUUUAUAUGUCAUUGCUCCAUUUCAGCAAAUUGUUCAAUUUCAUAGACAGUUUAAUAUCUCAGUCAAUGGUAUGUCUGAGAAAAUUAAUCAAUCUACUGGAGAUGCGGAAACAAUUAAUUUGGCGAGAGUUUAUUUGAAUACGAUAACGGGGUCAAAGAAGACGUUAACCUCCUCUUGAACAACGUCUCUGGCAAUAUCAAAUUUGUUCUGAAUUCGGCUGGUUCUAUACAACAAAUAAUAAUGAAAAUGGAUUAUUUGGACCCAUUAUUUCAAAUAGUUUAUUUUUAAAUUAAUGUUUUGAUCUAUUUCCGAAAGUUUACAAAAACCGAAGCGACGUUCAAGAGUCAAUAGAAUGCAAUAGGAAAAAUUACGGAAAAGUUGCUGGAACAAAUUCGCUUUUCAUAAAUGGAGAAGUGGAUCCAUGGACAUACCUCGGAAGAUCACCGACAAAAGAACUUUCAGUUGUUACCUACAUUUCACCAAAUACUUCUCAUGGAGAAAUAAACAGAGAAUCACAAAAACUCAUUCAUGAAAGUAUGAAACUAUGGAUAAACCAACCUCCACACCCUGUCAAUUUCAAUGAUACGGAGGAACCGUGGAAAAGACCCCCAAUUUCAAUGAUUUCAUCUGAUGUUUCUUCAAACUCAAGGUUUUCGAAAGUAACAAACAAUGUUAAAUCGAGAAAAAUAUUUUCUGGAAAUAAAAAUAAGAAACAAAAAUCAGGAAGAAAGUUUUUUGGAAUGAUGCCAAUCGCUCGAGAGAUCUUGCAAAGUGACGAAAUGAUUAAUGGAGAAUAUUCGGAUUACGUAUUUGACCAAGGAACAUUCCGUCAGAAUGUUGAUCAUUUUGACAAAACGAACUUCAAAUUUUUCCAGCAACGAUUUUUUAAGAAUUCAAAGUAUGCAAAAGAAGGUGGACCUAAUUUUUUGUGUAUUGGACAAGAAGGAAGAGAAGAUCCAAACAGUAUUCGAUUUGAUGUAUUUGCAGUAGUGGAAAAAGCACAAAAGUUUGGAGCGACAGUUUAUGUAUUGGAGCAUCGAUUUUAUGGAGAUAGUAAUGUGGGAGAUAACUCCGAUCUUUCCAAGCUAAGUUCUUUGCAAAUGCUCUACGACCUGGCUGAAAUUAUUAAAGAAGAAAACUUAAAAACGAACACGAGCAAUCCAUGGAUAACAUUUGGAGGAUCAUAUUCCGGAAUGUUAUCUGCUUGGAUGAGAGAAAUAUUCCACGAGUUUGUUGUUGGAGCAGUUGCAUCUUCAGCCCCAAUUCUUGCGAAAACUGAUUUUUAUGAAUAUAUAAUGGUUGUGGAAGAUGUAUUUCGAAGAUAUGAUAUCGGUUGUUAUAAUGCAAUUAAAAAAGGAUUUCUAGAGAUUCAAAAAAUGUUUUUAACUGAAGAUGGUCGCGAUAAGCUAUCGAAGUUGUUCCCGUCGUAUCCAGCACUUCGAAAUAAUUUCUCAGAAACAAGAAAACAUGAAUUUCUGUUGGAUCUAGCCGACCCUUUUGAAACAAGUGUCCAAUACGCUGGAUACGGUAGUGGUGCAUUUGCAAAGACAUCGAAGGUUGCAGAAAUGUGUAAUAUAUUUCAAGUGAGAGAUGCAUUGCAUUUCACAGAAGUUGAAGAACAAACCAAAAGGUGAUGUAGACAACCAAAACGAUGAUAUAUCCACUGAAAACGACGGUCUACUUUGGAUGUGGCAAACAUGUACAGAAUUCGGGUUUUAUCAAUCCACUGACACUGGAAAUUCUAUUUUUGGAAAUGUACCAGUCAGUUAUUUUGUGCAACAAUGCAUGGAUCUGUUUGGCAAUAAUUACACACGAGCAACAAUUGAUAAACAAGUAGGGAGGACAAAUCAUAAGUACGAUGGAACUUAUGAGUUCAAUGCAACAAAUGUAGUUUUCCUAAAUGGAGAUGCUGAUCCAUGGAGUCCACUUGGACUAAAAAACUCAACUGAUCCAUCAGUUGUCUCAUUUUUAAUUAAUGGAACUUCUCAUUGUGUAGAUAUGUAUUCAGAAACAGAAGAUGAUCUUCCUGAUUUGAAAACCGCACGAAAAAUAGUUGAUGAAAAUAUUGAAAAGUGGUUGAAUUCGACUACGACGACCAAAUCACCCAAUUCUGCAAAUUACCCACGUGCUCUAAAUUCUUUAGCUGUUUUAAUUGUGUAUUAUGUCAUUCUGUAG